AGUGUCUCGUGCGUAAAGACAGUAGUCGACUGGGGACUCGAGUUUUGCAUCCAGGACAAGUCUACAGGCUCGGCUUUUGGAGUUGUCUUUUUUCAUCACAUAAGAUAAAAACAGUGCAGCGGACACCGAGAAUCCCGGGUUACCAUGACGCGGAAUCUGGAGGCGUGGGUCACCGCGGUGGCCGCAUGCCUGCUAGCUGAGGGAGUGCUCGCAGGGUAUGGCAUGAGCAUGUUCGCUGCACAAUCCUCCCUUCCGGACCCCUGCUACGACGAGAAUGGAAACCCCCGGAGAUGCAUCCCGGAUUUUGUUAACUCUGCUUUCGGUAAGGACGUGCGCGUCUCCAGCACCUGUGGAACCCCGGCCACCCGGUACUGCGUCGUGAGCGAGACGGGAGAGGAGAGAACAAGGGAUUGUCACACGUGCGACAGUGAGGAUCCCAAAAAGGCUCACCCACCGGCGUAUUUAACGGAUCUUAACAACCCACACAAUCUGACCUGUUGGCAAUCUGAGAACUAUGUACAAUACCCGCUGAACGUCACGCUCGCGCUGUCUCUCGGGAAGAAGUUUGAGGUGACCUACGUCAGUCUGCAGUUCUGCUCCCCGCGCCCGGAGUCCAUGGCCAUCUUCAAAUCCAUGGACUACGGAAAGUCAUGGGUUCCGUUCCAGUUCUACUCCACCCAGUGUAAGAAGAUGUACGGCCGCCAGAACAAGGCAGCCAUCACCAAGGUGAAUGAACAGGAGGCUAUUUGCACAGACUCGCACACGGACAUGCACCCUCUCACCGGCGGCCUCAUCGCGUUCAGCACCCUGGACGGUAGGCCAUCUGCGCACGACUUUGAUAACUCCCCGGUGCUGCAAGACUGGGUCACGGCCACCGACAUCAAGGUUAUGUUCAGCCGGUUGCACACUUUCGGAGACGAGAAUGAGGACGACUCAGAGCUGGCGCGCGAUUCCUACUUCUACGCAGUGUCUGACCUGCAGGUUGGCGGACGGUGCAAAUGUAACGGGCACGCCUCGAAGUGCGUGAAAGACCGGGAUGGGAACUUGGUGUGUGAGUGCAAGCACAACACCGCGGGACCGGAGUGCGACAGGUGCAAGCCGUUCCAUUACGACCGGCCGUGGCAGCGCGCGACGGCCAGAGAGGCCAACGAAUGUGUUGCCUGCCACUGUAACCUCCAUGCCCGCCGAUGUCGGUUCAACAUGGAGCUGUUUAAACUGUCCGGGCGGCGCAGUGGAGGGGUGUGUCUGAACUGUCGUCACAACACGGCUGGGCGGCACUGCCACUACUGCAGGGAAGGUUUCUACAGAGACCUGACCAAGGCUAUCUCCCACAGGAGGGCCUGCAAAGUCUAA